AUUUCUUCGUCGGAAAUUUCCAUCAAUGUGGACACCACAUCCCUCUCACCGUACACGGGCGGUGGUAUCGGGACACAGAUUAUCGUGUCUCCUAUCGAGUCCUACCAAUCCAUGAUGUUGCAACUUCGUCAACCAACAAUUGUCACCCCGGAUUUAUCACGACCCGAU